AUGACUGCUUUCAAUCCCCUUACUACUAUUCUUACUCAAAACAAACUUGAGGGUCCGAAUUAUGUUUAUUGGAAACGGAACUUGGACAUUGUCCUAAUUGCUGAAGAGUACAAAUUUUUGUUCGAUGAGGUGUGUCCAGAAAAACCUGGAGAUGAUGCUACUGAUGAUGAACAAAAGGCUUACCAGAAAUGGGUCAAGGCUGAUGAGACGGCGCGGUGUUACAUUCUGGCAUCUAUGUCAAAUAUUUUACAACAUCAGCAUCAGUCGAUGGAGUCGGCUUAUGACAUUCUGGAAAAUCUCAAAGAAAUGUUUGGAGAUCAGAAUCGUGCGGCUAAGUAG